AGCCACCCAGGCGCCCCUCAAAUAAACAAAUCUUAAAAAGAAUGUCUAUAAGAACAAAAGACUGGAAAUAACCUAACUGGUCAUCCAAAUGGGACUAAAUAAAUACUUGAUGGUGUAUCCUAAAAUGGAAUAAUAUACUAUCAUGAAAAAAACAUCCCCAAGAUAGUAAAAAAACAAUCACAGAACAAUGUGGAGAUCUUGCUUGCCACUGUUAGUGUUAGAAUGCAUAGAAGAUUUCUGGAAGGAGACACAAGAAAUAGUAAAGGUAGUUACUAUCGUAAGAGUAACACCAAUCGCCUCUGAGGAGCAAGACUGGGAGUUGAAGUCAGAUGGAGAUUUGCUUUCCAUUAAACAUCCUUCUGUAAAAAUGGAAUGAUUCCCCCCACGUACAUUACUUUUUCCAUUAAACAAAAACUAGUUGAUUUUUUAAAGUAAGAGUGCAGUCAUCAGAUAAUCUUACAACUCUAUCGGAAAAGCAUACCAGCUGAAGACAGAAGUUCUAAGAGAAAUGCUGGUUGUUUGGCUAUCCCUGGCUUUGAGGACACAAUGGACAUCCUAGAGCAAAGUCCUUGGUUCUGAAGGCUAUCAAUCUAGAGCGCUGGGAACCACAGGGAUACACAGGAGCCCGCUUUCCAGACCUCACGCUCUCCCGCUGUCUCCCGUGUGAGCCUACCGAACAAGGGCUGUGUUACCUCCCUCUCCCCAAGUGUAGGAGUGCUCUUAUACUGUGUGUGUCAGUUGGGAGGGUGACUUUGGGGGGGAAACUGGGACAACUGUCCCCCUAUAAUGCUCUCUUGGUUCUCAGUGAUUUUGAACAACUUACUUGUUUUUUCCUUUCAUCUUCACAUCUUACGUUAUAAAUAGACUUACAACUCAUAAGGCAGUUUCACUUUCUCAUUAAUUCUGACAACCCAGGAGAUGGAUGUGAUAAUGCCAUUUCAGACAAGCCUCGGAGGGGUUGCCCAGUCCCUCCAGUAUUAGGUUUGUGUCCUGGCACCACCACUGAGCUCUCCAAACCUGGCACUUUCCACAGCAUCGCUUUCUCCAUCCCUGCCCAGUCUCCCGCCACUGGCUCCCAAUUCUGCCUCACCCCUGACAGCACCACGCACCUGUGGUCUUAGGCCCUGCGAUCCUAGAGGGAGGGAGAACAGAGUCAUUCAAGGACAAAGGACAAGACAUGCUUUUUCCUUCUGGAGAUAAAUCUGAGUCGCUUUUUAAAACAUUAUUCCUUUGUUCCUCUGAGAAAAUGAAGAAGUAGACCCUAUAAACUGAGUCUCACCAGUACCUACUAUGCAGUGAUACUGACCAGCCACCUCCCACUUUAUCCCACGUACCCUGUAAAGGCAGCUAAGUUAUCUUCACAAUAUAAAUGAGUCUACAGAACUUAGAAGGGGAGCCAAUCGUUUAAUGUCACACAUCUCCUAUGAUGCUACGUCGAGUGAGGACUCCAACCCCAGCGCCUGGCUCUCAAGUCCGGGGUACAUUCCAGCACACUGCCCCCAAAACACAGUGCUUGGUGUUCUACGGUUUGUUAAGAUGGUUAAAGACCACAGUCAAGGACAAUCCAGAAGUUCUUAAGUAGGGUUAAGUUAUGCUAUUAUAAAGACAGGGCCACUCUUCGGCUCAUUUUUUCAUAUUUAUUUACUUUGUCUCUCGUUAUCUCUAAAAUGAAAACAAACCUGAAUUUCCGGGGAAAGGUUGGGGCAGUGUCAUCCAAGAAAGUAAGUAACAAGUAGAAGGGGCCGGCAGGCCUGGAAGGUCCGCCUUCCACGGUUGCCAGGCAACAAAGGUAAACAGCACAGAGUGGCAGGAUCAUGGCCACUAACUACAGUGCCAACCAGUAUGAGAAAGCUUUCUCACCCAAGUACCUAGGGAACUGGUCUCCCGCCAAGCCAACAAAAGAGAGAAUUUCUUCCCAUGAAGGCUACACUCAGAUUAUCGUCAAUGAUCGCGGUCAUCUGUUGCCGUCGGUGCCCCGUUCCAAGGCAAGUCCUUGGGGAUCUUUCAUGGGUACCUGGCAAAUGCCUCUGAAGAUACCCCCUGCUCGGGUGACCCUGACCUCCCGUACAAUUGCUGGUGCUGCCUCCCUCACCAAAUGGAUACAGAAAAAUCCUGAUUUGCUCAAGGCCUCCAAUGGGCUGCGUCCUGAAAUCUUAGGCAAGCAGCCUCAUGAUCCAGACGGUCAGAGAAAACUUGGGAAGCUUACCACAAAAACUGUACAACAAGCCUCGAGUCCAACCAUAAUUCCCAGCUCCUCAGCUGUAAAUCUCAAUUCCCCAGACCAACCCCAAAGCUCACACCCCUCUGCAGGUCACACUCCAGGUCCCCAAAGCCCAGCCAACUCUCUCAAGAGCCCACCAGGGAGCCCAUGCAUGCUAGAACACUGGGCAGGUCCUAAUUCAGCUGCGGUCCAGAAAUACAAACCUGGAAUUCCAGAGGCACCAAGGGACCACACUGAGAAAACUUGUCUAGAGACUGAGUGAUGUAAGCAGGACCCCCAGUGAGGGACGUAGAAAGGGGAAUUAUAGGGUGGGAAUAAAGGCAAACUUGGAAAAUAAACAUCAUUUGUUGAAUCUAUUACUGAUUUGGAUGUUUUUUUCCUCCUGGUAUGGCUGUCUCUUGUAACCCAUGACUAGGAGGCGGGUUGGGGGAAAUAGAGUAGGAAAAAGAACCCGGCAGUGGCUUGAGGUGGAACACAUUUUUACAAGGAUUGAGUCAGCUAUCCUCCAAAAGUGACCAAGAGGAAGCUGGUCUGAACUGUAGCAAAAGAAACCUCAGGGGCGCCUGGGUGGUUCAGUCGUUAAGCGUCUGCCUUUGGCUCAGGUCAUGGUCCCGGGGUCCUGGGACCGAGCCCUGCAUCGGGCUCCCUGCUCCGCGGGAGGCCUGCUUCUCCCUCUUCCACUCCCCCUGCUUGUGUUCCCUCUCUCACUGUGUCUCUCUCUGUCAAAUAAAUAAAUAAAAUCUUAAAAAAAAAAAAAAAAGAAAAACCUCAAAGAACCAGUCUCUCACCUCCAGCCCCUCAUUUUUCAUCCUGAGCAUGCACAACUACUUCUAAGUCAGAAAUACGAUUGUUUGGUAGAGAAUGCAUAUGCAUAUCUGGAGAAGAUGGAGGAAGAAAAGGGAAGGGAAGCCAGAGUAGAAGACAUUAUCCUUGUCUACGACUUCACGUCUGACGACAGAACACACGGGGAAGACAAACUAGAGAGAGUUAUAAAAGUAAAACUCAAGCAAAAGUACAUACACAGUUUGCAAAGUGAAAACACAGCAGUGACUGGAAGUCAGAGAAGAAAAAGAGAGAGAUGGUACGUAGAAAUUUAGGGCAGAAUAACAAACACGAGGACUACUGUACCCCAACCCCAAUCAAAAAGGGGUAAGAAGUUCCCUAUCCACUUCCCAGCUUCCAACAUCUGCUUAUCAUUCUCCUAUUCUGUGGGCUUCCUGCCGAUGGCUGUUCAGUGUAAUACCCUUGCCAAACCCCUCCCAGCUCCAAUGCCAAAGUGUUCCCUCAUGAACCCUUGUCCCCUACUCCAAGGACAAGUACAGAGGACAUGGGGUUUAAGCUGGAGGAAGGCUACAAAGGCUUCCCAGGGCUAGCCCAGCAAGAAAGGAGAAGUGAUCGUCACGUAAAGGAGAAGACCACUUGGGAGCCGAGAGGAAGACUGUUGAGGCAGCAGGUCGUCCUGUCCAGCUGCCACCAAUUACAGUCACCGCUCCUCCUCUCCCACCCGCUGCUUUAACGGGCUGGCCAGCAACUCCGACAAGAUAGAUCUGCUACCCUUGCGUUUCCAAAAACUAUCAAAACAGCACUCCUGCCAAGGGAGUUAGAGAUUCAAGAGGCUGGCCCAUAUGGAUUUUAAAAGCAGCAAGCUUGGGACACCUCGGUGGCUCAGUCAUUAAGCGUCUGCCUUCGGCUCAGGUCAUGAUCCCAGGGUCCUCGGAUCGAGCCCCGCAUCAGGCUCUCUGCUCAGCAAGGAGCCUGCUUCUCCCUCUCCCACUCCCCCUGCUUGUGUUCCCUCUCUCACUGUGUCUCUCUCUGUCAAAUAAAUAAAUGAAAUCUUUAAAAAAUAAAUAAAAGCAGCAAGCUUUCCCGUUACAUUACAAAUUUUUCCUCUCUUAUCUCUACUCUCCUUUCUCUACCAGUCUACAUACUUAGCUCAUCAUCCCUUAGCUGCCACCUCCACUGGUCCUCUGGCUCCCUUACUGGAUCAUCAUUUGCUGAAUUGUACCCUGAGGUUUAUGAGCAGUUCUCAGUGGAAUUCUGGAGCCUGUGAUAAUGCAAAGCUUCCACAUGCUUAACCUCCUUUCUCUUGCUCCUUCCUUCUCCGAGGCUUCUGCAUGAUAGUCGAUCUCUGGCUACUUGCAUUUGAUU